UGCUGCUCCACACUGAGGCUCAGGGUGCCUCCAGCGCUUCAGACGAGCCUCUACAACACACAAACACACAGAGACAUUUCAGCUGUCAGGACCUCUACACCUGCCCUGCUGCUCAGCUCACACAAGAGGAGACACUUAAACGGAGAAGAUCAUCCUGUUUGGGAGAAAUGAAACUUGAAGUUUUCUCAGCGCACCACUUCGCGCAGAAGCCACUGGAGUUGUGCAUGGACGCUGAGGGGGGAGUUCCGUCUCCUCUGUCCGGGGACGAGCUGGGGUCGGACGGGGACUGCGUGGCCAACAGCCCGGCACCUGUCGCCCAGAGCGGCGACGGCAGCAAGGGAAAGCCCUACACCCGCAGACCCAAACCCCCUUACUCCUACAUCGCUCUCAUCGCCAUGGCCAUCCGGGAGUCCGGCAGCGGCCGCCUCACUCUGGCAGAGAUCAACGACUACCUGAUGAAGAAGUUCCCGUUUUUCCGCGGCAGCUACACCGGCUGGAGGAACUCUGUGCGCCACAACCUGUCACUCAACGACUGCUUCCUCAAAGUGCUGCGGGACCCGUCCAGGCCGUGGGGCAAGGACAACUACUGGAUGCUCAACCCGCACAGCGAGUACACCUUCGCUGAUGGGGUGUUCCGCCGUAGGAGGAAGCGCAUCGCCAAGAGGUCCGCUAAGGAGCGGGAGAGUCCGGACAUCCUCAGCGAGGACACCCGCCUCCCCGCGCCGGAGGAGAGGGUGGGGGCCAAGUUCUCCAGCCCCUUUGCCAUCGACAGCAUCCUCAGCACACCAUUCAAACGGAGGGAGGACAGCCACGUUGACGCAGAAACCCACGCUCCCCGGCUCUACUGGCCCCCAGGGUCCCACGUACUGCCUUACACUCUGAGUUACCCGGCGCAGCACGCGUACCUGUCAGAGGGGGCGUACAGCAGCAGCACAGAGCCCAGCAGGAAUGUGCUCACAUACCUCCAGCACACAGCACCGGGCAUGGCCGCACCUGAGGCCGCUCUGCACGCGCUCAAGAUGCCCACCAAGACGCGGGGUUUCCAUAUAGACUCUUUGCUCUCAUAAAGCACCCGGACUUUCUGUCAGACUUGCUUGUUUCGACUCAUGUGCACUUUCGUGGGCGCUUAGCUUUCAGUGCUUUAGCUGUUUAACUGUUUGGGAAUCUGUCUGUCACAUCACGACUGCUGUCAGUCAUUCUGCAGUAAAACAAACAAACAAACAUGACGUGGCAUCAAUAACUGUGUAGUUAUUCAGCAAAAAGUUGCUGUCAUCGCAGUACAUUCCACCCUGUGUGUGUGUGUGUGUGUGUGUGUGUGUGUGUGUGUGUGUGUGUGUGUGUGUGUGUGUGUGUGUGUGUUUGAGAUGUUUAGAGUGUUUGUCUGUCAUGUAUCCAUGGUUCACUGGUCAUUUCCACUGUACGACGGCAAUCAAGCGCCAAGCUCAAACACAAAAUAUUAAUCUAUUUAUAUUUUCAUGUUUUGUAUGACCUGCUGUAUAAAAUAUUGUUGUACAUAUAUAUAUGUGUGUAUGUGUGUGUGUGUGUGUGUGUGUGUGUGUGUGUGUGUGUGUGUAUAUAUAUAAAAUAUUGACUGAGCUGCGAUGAGAAUCACGUGGCUGCACGAGUAACGCAUGGAAAUGUCCCGAUGUUUUCCUAAGAUUGAUUCAUGCAUGCCUGGUAUUUUUAUGAAUAAAAAACGUGACACAAUGGGA